UAUCUCCCUUCACAACUUGCUUGCCACAUUUUAAUAAACUUAAUUGAGUGUCAUGUGCAUCUUCUUACAUUAAUGUUUUAAUUUCAUACUUAAAUUUUGAUUAUAAAAGAAAGAGUUCUUUUAAUAUUAAACAAUCGAUCUGCAACCUCUUAUAUCUUAACUAAAAAAAUAUUUUGUAAAUAAAAAUUUUUAACAGAGCAAAAAAAAAUUGAUUACAUAGUAUUAAAAGCAAACAUAAUAGUUUUGUAAUUAAUAGGCCAUUGACUACAAUCAUAACAAUAUAUAGUAGUAUCCAGUGGUUAUUGUUAUGAGGGGAAUAAUAGUAAUAUUUACUAUACUUGUCGCAGUGAACUGCCAACAAACACAAUUUACUGAAAAUGACAUACGACAACUACAAAAAGCUCUUCAUCAAUCUACGAAUUAUAUGAGAAAAGAAGUUAAAAAUGAAGAUGCAUCAAUUUGCAUUGGUGCCAUAAGAGCUGGUAAAAGUACACUAAUUAAUUACUUAAUUGGCACCAAAUUAAAAUUUGUAAGACAUUCCAGAAACGCUCCUAUUACUAUAGAAAAAGUUGACAAUCAAUCCAAAGGCCCUGCAAUAGGUCGAGGUGCAACGACAAAAACUAAAAUCCCUACAAGGUGGGUGUCAGACGUACAUUCAAAUAUGAGUAUUUGGGAUUCUCCUGGAUUUGAUGACAAUAGAGGAACAGUGCAAGAUAUCACAAAUGCCUAUUAUCUCUAUCAAUUAUUGCAAAGUGUUAAUUCUCUAAAAAUUAUUCUAACUAUUGACAUUAAUGAUAUUCUCCACGAUAAUAUCAAACCCUUUAUAUCAGUUUUAUCAGCUGUUGAAAAUCUAUUAGGAGAGAAAAUGAGAAACUUCUACUCAAGCAUAUCAGUAAUACUCACAAAAGUACCAAACACCCUUGAAGGCGUUCCAGUCGACAUGGAAUUCAUAAAUGAAAAAUUAGCAGAUCAAUUUUUAUCAAACUUUGACAUAGAUUUGUCUAAUAAUUCCAAAGCAUUUGUAGAGCACUUCAUAAAACAUAAUGAACAAAUGGGUUACAUGAAAAGACCGGAAAUUAUAGGUAAUAUAACCACUGCAGUAGAUGUUAAUAUUUUUCCAGCGAUCACCAGUACCAAAAGCAUACCAAAAAAUAAUCUCCAACAAUUGCGUCCAAGUAUUUCUGAAACAUCACAACUUUAUCUAUAUGGUAUCCGCAAUACAUUGUAUUCAAAAGCAGCAUUUGAAGAAUUACAAAAUGGUAUAGAUUCUCUGGUUGAUAAGAAGGUGAUAAAUGCAGAUAAUUUAAAUUAUGAUGAUGAUAAGCAUGUUAAACAUCAAUUAAAAUUAAUGCAAAAAACUUUAAAAAAUAUAGAUAAUGACUUAAUUAAUGCUACAUCUUCAGAUCAUGAUUUCUUUAAACGAAUAGAAAUUCUUAAAAUGAUGGAUAAUAGCAUUGCAAAAACCAUUAAUGAAAAUCAUUUAUUAGAAACUGUAACAUUAAUCGAAUUUGUUGAUAAAUUACUAGAUCUUCAAGAGGGCAAAAUAUUGUCUAAAAAAUUAGAAAAAGUUCUAUCGUCUUCACGUUUAAAAGUAAGGUCAGCAAUUUCUUCUAUUCGCGAACAAUUAGGUGAAAUAACGCAUUAAGAACGUGAAGAGUCAAUAAGAAAAGAACAAAAUUUAAAUAAGCAGCAACUACUUAACAUAAAUUGUCAACUAAAAGUGAUGCAUGAAAAGAAUGACAUUAAAACAGGCAUCUUGGGCAAAGCAUUACAACUUGCACCCUUUGUUAUUAGGAUGUUAACUAGAGUAAAAGGAUAAGGAUAAUUUAAUAAAUUUUAAUUAAGAUGAUUAAAUAUUGUUCUGAUUAAUUUUAUUAAUUUCUGUUAACAUAUUUUAUUUAUUAAAUAUUCCGUUUGCUUUUAUUUU